AUGGAAUCUUCUUUCGACCAGCAGCUACCCGAGAAUCGCCAGCACAAUCGGUCGCGUUCCCCGUCCCAUGAGGGUGAUCAACAACACAAAAGACCCCGGGUUGGCGAGUCCGAUCUUCGCGCUAUGGAGGCAGAACAAACAUCCCAAGCAAGUGAACACACCCACGACACAACAGAAUCAGAAUUCCAAGAUGAUACAGACAUCGAUGCGGUGCACCUUCCCUCGUUACCAGCCGCCUGGACAGUUAUCGGUCUCGAAACGCCCAAUGCCGCUUCCUCGACGCCAGGAAUCCUUCUCGAAACGACAAUCCCCAGCCAUAUCUCGCUUUCUUUGCUAAAUUAUAGCCUACGAAUCCUUCCCAUCGCACCGGUGUGUGAUGCGAUUGUGAAAUGGUUUAUGGUCGGGGUACACCCAAUCUAUCCCGUGGUUGAUAUCCAGAGCUUCCUAGGCGAUUACCACAAAUUUUUGCGUCAAAAAUUUUCGACCAAGGUAAGUCACAACCCUCCCUUUUUCUGCCUCCUUUUGGCCGUACUCUUUGCCGGUGCCUCGGCUGUGCCUGCUGCUGGAUGGAGAGUGCACCCGCUGUCCAUAGUCGGUGAAGUGGGAAAACAAGACCUGAUCGAUGCGCUUCGAACCAGUUGCUCUGACAGUCUGCGUGCAUGCCAACAUUUCAGAUAUCCAACCAUUAAUACGCUGGUAGCCUCUAUCUUGGUCCACCAUAUCAACGGAGAGACAGGAUUGUCCCAACGCCUUUUCAUAGGCCCAGCUAUUCUUCUUGCCCAAAGCAUUGGGCUUCACCAAGACCCUAUACUCCGUGGCCCUGUCGGACACUCUCGAGACCAUCGACGGCGAGUAUGGUGGCAUCUUGUGUGGAUGGAUACGCAGGCAAGUCUAGCUAGCGACCUGCCAACCUUCUGCGGAGGUGAACUACUUCAGAACGUGCAGAUGCCAUCCAUCUUCAAGACCAACACCAGGAGAACGGUAUCGGUGAUGAUGCUCGGCGCGAUUGGUCGAUUUGAGAAGGCAAAGUUACUGAACCGACUAAUGGCCAAGUUUCGUGGGUUGGUGCCCCGGGAAGAAGCAUUUAGCGAUGCAGAAGUCGCCAUCACGGAAUUUCGGGGCAAGGUCGAUGAUUUAAUCGCCAAGAUCCCGGCGUAUGACGAAUCCACAGCGGACGACAUUCCGCCAGAAAUCAUGAUUCCAACCCGUCGUCCUUGGACCUCUGAUUCCGAAGACAACCUGGCUGACAGGUUCAACGUGGUCAAAAGGUGGACCAAUAACAUGCUUCAACUCCUUAAAAUGGAGAUCAUGACGCUGCUGCCAAAGUUGGCACUCCCACCACAGGGUCCUGCACAAGACUCGGACUUGACCUGGCAAUCUGUUGUACCUGCGUGCGACAAACUUCUCCGGGGAUACUUGGACCUCUUCGACGUUCCUUUGUUUGCCCCAUAUUUCUGGAAUUUGCUGCGUAACCAUGCCAUUCAGAAUUGUGUUCACGUGAUUCUGCUCUAUCUCAACCAAGAAGGCCACACUCCUGCCGACCGAAGACAAAUGCUGUCUAGCGUUGAUUAUUUUUUCACCCAGUGGGAGAAGCUUACAUUGACCUCUCUGCCGCUCGAUAAAGCAUUGGGAUUCGGAGAUGCAGCAAUCAUGACAGGGUUGAUGAGAAAAAUCAUCGAUUUGCGCCAGAAGCUCCGCGAACCGAGUGACGAUAGCCAUCUGACAGACGUCGAUUCUGCAGCAGCCACACGAAACCCCAGCCCCUCCGCUUCGAUAACCACGGGAACCGCCGACAUCUUCACAUUGGAGAUCAAUGAAAACCCAGGUAUGUACACGGAAUUCUGGAGAUGGGUCGACAAUGAACUCGAAGCCAUCGCGCGGUCUCGGGAGGGAUAG